CCCACCUGAAAAGCAGGCGCUGUGGCCGCCAGACAAGCCCCGUCCUCCCCGCGCUGGCCUGAGCCUGGGACGGGGCGCGUUGGGAGCUGGGGGGCGUCAGAAGGGCCCGGGCAGGAGUCUCUAAGCCGCCCGCUUGCCUUUAAACCCGGGUCCAGGACUGCCCGGGAGCAAGGUCAGUGCCUCUGCGGGGGAGCCCCGAGCAAAGUCUCAGCCCCCAGAAGUGCAGGGCCUGGCUGCGGCCGCCCCAGUCCUGGGCCCCUGGCCCCGAGCCGGGCUCCUCCCAGAGGCGCCGGGAGGGGAGGGCUGCUGUAGACCGGCUGGAGGCCCACGGGCCUGGCCUCUCCCCACCAGCCGGAACCUAAGCGCUCCCCCACCCCCUUCUCCCAGCUGCAGAGACUGCCCUGGGCUUACCCGUUCAGGAAGGGGGCGGAAAGGCAGGCGCUGUUCAGGCUGGGCCCUGGCGAGGACCCACGGCCACCUCUCAGGUGGCAGCAGCCAAGCGUGCAGGGCCCCCGGGGAGCGGGCGGGGAGCAAAUGGGCCUCUCACAUUCCUGAGGGCGGGGCUCAGCUGGCAGCUGAACCCAGGGGUGGGAACCCCACUUUGACUACAGGGUGACCCCGGGCCGCUGAGCCGCCUCCCGCCCAGGCAGAGCCCCCGGUGCAGGCAACAGCAGCCCCGCCGCCGGCAUGCAGCCCCGGGAGAGCGGCGUCCAGUACAGCCGGUGGCAGGACAGCGGCCUGGAGGAGGUCGGCAUGGCGGUUGCAUCCGGCACCAUCCAGAGCUCCCGCUGGGAUGGGAUCUCCGGGAGGCUGUGCAAGCUGGGCACCACCAUGAAGGUGCUGAGCGCACUGGCGCUGCUGUGCGCCGUCUUCAUCCUGGGCUACACCACCGGCUACUACGUGCACAAAUGCAAGUAGUGUGCCCAGCGAGCACGCUUGGGCUGGCUGCACUCCCUCGGGCGUGGGCUGGGGGGGCUCCGAGUACAUGGCCCCUUUUAGGACUCCUCCACCACGUCCAUGGCCGCUGAGCAGGCCCUGCACCCCAGCAGUGAAGAACCAGGACCUCGGGGGCCCAGCAUGCUCAGCGGCCACCACCCCGACUCAGGCACAUGCCCGCACACAGAGCUACCUGGGGGCACGCAUGGCACAAGGCUGGGCCCAGCCUGGGCAGGAGCUGCAGGACACACCCAGGCCUGGCUCUCAGCCCGUCCCCAGACCUCCCCGGAGCCCAGUGCAGGGGGUCACCCUUCCCUCCCCUUCCAAGGGCUGGGCGGGGUGGGGACCCCCAGUGGGUAUUGUGCCCAGUUCUGUGGUCUUUGGCUCUGCCGUGCAAGGCCGGCUUUGAGGGAGCCCGCCCACGCUCCCAGGAGCGGAGACCCUGGCCCAGGCAGAGUAGGCCUUGCCUCCCGCCCCACGUGGCCUCUCCUCCAAGUGCACCCUGUUCUCGUCUGCCUGCCUCUCAAGAAAGGGCGGGGGUAGACCAGCUCCUCAGGUGCCCUGUGCACCUCAUGGUCACUAUUUGGUAAGAGGGCCAGGCGAUGGCCCCUCAGGCCGGGUGUUACUCAGAGUGAGUGCUGGCGGCCAUGAGUGUGGCCAGGGGCCUAAGGGAAGGGCAUGCGCUGCUCCCAUACAGCUCUGGGCCUUGGGAGCCCCUGGCUGGGCCCUGGGAUUGACCCGAGGACCAGAAUAUGAGUGGACUUGUUCCAGCCUAGCCCGCAGGGGCCUGUAUCUGGCCUCCCGGUUGCUCUGCAGGGGCUGGUCUCACCUGCAGCAGCCAGGUGCUGCAGGCCCCACCUCAGGAGAGUGGCCCUCACUCCAGCUGGAUGGGCAACGAGGGCUCGAGAUCAGAGGCCACAUAGCAAGUCUAGGUUUCAGGGGCCAAAGCUGGGCUGUCAGGGCCCAGGAGGCCCUAAGCACACCUCAGAAUCCGGAGGGGCUAGGCCAAGAUGGCAGGAGGGGUAGAGAUCCCGUGGGCCCCGCCCCUGGGGAGGGCAGGCCUGCUGAGGGGUGGUGGUGGAUGGCAGCAGCUGAUGCUGGUGUCUGGCCUGGACUGGCUGGGCAUGCCCGUGUCCAUGCUCAGCAGGCCGCAGGGUGGAACGCCAGUUCCCUGACAUAAGGCCUGCUGCCCAGCCCUUGCAGGGGAGCCCAUAGACAGAGGCCCUUGGGGUGCACCUCCGUGGGAGCCUCCCAGAGAUGUGGCCCCAGGGAGAAGAUGCCACCUGCCUUCCCAUAGGAGAUUUUGGAACAAGAUGACCUGCUAGAGCAGGUGACUUGACUUCCCUGCACAGCCUCUGAAUGGGGGCCUAGACCCAGCCCUUGCUCGAGGUAGAGGUGGGGUGGGAGGCAGGAUGCAGAGAAGAUGACCCAGGACCCCGGGGUCCAGGACUUCCCUGGGCUGUGCCUCUCACCCUGCUGGCAGAGCUGGGGUGGGGAGGGGUGGGGGCAUUUCCCCUCAGAAGCUACCAGCCCUAGCCCCAGCUAACCGGCAGGAAAGGCUGGCUCCGGGGCACCGCGGUGUUCCGACCAAACGUCCCUCACGCGAGCAGGAGUGACAGGUCGGCAGAGGCUUUUGCUUGUAAGCUGAACAUGUUCCAAGUCUCACACACAACCAAGUUACACCAGGAGGGCCGGCGACAGGGCCGCCAAGGCCCCGCUGGACGCACGCCCGCCCCCAGCACCGGCGGCUGUGCUGCCCGCUGUCACGUGUGCCCAGCAGCGUCCUGAGGGCUACCGCGGGGGCUCCCCGGACAGCGUCCGCCCUCUGCACAGCACACCCGCCCGGCAGGGGCACCGCGCGCAGCUCUUGGGAGGCGCCACAGACCACCGAGGGCGCCUCCCACAGGCCGGCCAGACCCGGAACAGUGAGGUCAGCAAGGCCCGGCGUCUCGGCGCCCGGGGGUGGGGGUGGGCGACUGUCCUGCGGCUGCCGCCCGUGGGUGAGCCGUAGCCGGAAACGCUGAGAACCAAGCGUCCCCAGGAGCCUGUGUUUGGUGCCCGUCCCUCCCACCCUGCCCGCCAGCGCAGCUACCAGUGGCCGCUCGCGCCCACCAGCCCGGGAAGAAACGCCUCGCGUAGGAAGAUGGCUUCCCGCGGGCUGAAGACACGCGGCGGCCCAAAGACACUCCUUCAGGGCAGAUGGCUGUGCGGCCUGUCCUCUCGCUUCCCGCUGAGGACCGACACGGUGUCUCCGCUCCGUGGAGUCAUCUGCGGCGUCUCCGGCCUGCAGCACCUCCGGGCCGGCUGAGCUGGUGC